GAGAAGAGAUUAGAGCAAAGAGUCUGCCACCAGCUCCAUCUAAGCAGCUUAGAGCUUCUGCUUGGGCUCUUUGCAACAGUGAAGCACUGAACCAUGGCCUUUUUCUCCUGUCUAGAUCUGCAGGAAGGCCUCCGAACACUCUCCGUAUUACAGUGGAUUCCAGUUUAUGUACUUUUAGGAACUCUUGCCAUCUUGGGUAUACCCUAUGUCCUGCUGUUCACUAGCUUAUGGCCCUUGGCUGUGCUCUUCUUAGCCUGGGUUGCCUAUGAUUGGAACACCCACAAUCAAGAUGGUAGGCGUUCAGCUUGGGUACGAAACUGGACCCUCUGGAGGUAUUUCCAAAGCUACUUCCCCAUAAAGCUGGUGAAGACCCAUGACCUUUCUCCCAAACACAACUACAUCAUUCUCAGCCACCCCCAUGGCGUGCUCAGUUAUGGUGCCUUCAUCAACUUUGCUACUGAGGCCACUGGCUUUUCCAGGGUUUUCCCUUCUAUCACUCCCUUUUUAGCAACCUUGGAAGGGAUCUUCUGGAUCCCAUUUGUGCGAGACUAUGUGAUGUCCCUGGGUAUUUGUCCAGUGAGUGAGAUGGCCCUGAAAUACAAGCUGACCCAGAGAGACUCAGGCAAUGCUGUGAUCAUUGUGCCAGGUGGAGCUACUGAAUCGCUCUUGUGCCGCCCAGGAGUCUCCACGGUCUACCUCAAAAAACGCCAAGGUUUUGUGAAGCUAGCACUGAAGACAGGGGCAUAUCUUGUCCCUUCUUACGUCUUUGGUGAGAAUGAGGCUCACAAACAAGAGAUCUUCCCUGAAGGCACAUGGCUAAGGUUCUUCCAAAAAAACUUCCAGAAAAUUGGCAAACGUAUCCUAGGCAUAAAUUUCUGUACUUUUCAUGGCAGAGGCCUCACUAGGGGAUCCUGGGGCUUUUUGCCUUUCAACCAUCCCAUUACCACUGUUGUUGGAGAACCCUUGCCAGUCCCCAAGAUCCCUGAUCCUGACAAGGAGACUGUGGCAAAGUACUUUGAACUUUACAUCAGUGCCCUAUGCAAGCUGUUUGACCAACACAAAGCUGAAUAUGGCUUCUCCAAGACCCAGAAGUUGACAAUUAUAUGACUCAAAAUCUCUGUAACCAAAGCUCAGAUACACAAGGGGUCCAGGUGAAGCCACAUGGAAGGAGGAAUUUGGGGAGAGACAGAUUUUAAAGAUGUGAAGAGAUACCAACCAAGCCAGGAAUGCUUACCAAAUUGACAAUCCAGCAACUGAAUCUCCACCCAAGUAGCCAAGACAGAUUUGAGUUAACGGGAGACCUUUACUGGUGAGGGGGUAUCUCUGUCACAUGUUGUGUUUUAUGACAAUAAGCCAAGUCAUUCUCAUCAAAUUCCCAGUAAAAGUAAUGAGAAGACAAAGUAUUCUGUACCCCUUCCCCACAAACCUUAGUGACAUCGUUAGUAUUUAGGUUUAAGCUUAGCAGCUUUACUUAGAACAAAGCUGGUUUGAAUACUCCAAGCCAGGACUAGGUAAACUGGGGGUCCUGAACUGUAGCUUUCUAAUUCAAACAGACAAAACUCCAUCAGUUAUGCUAGCAUUUCAGAUGACAAUGCUGUCACCUUGUUUCACCCACAAAUGUAAAACUCUAGAAUAAACCUCUGUGCAACUCCUUCCUAGUUACCCCAUGGUUCUGCUUAUGUGCAGGCAACCUAUUUCUUUCUGUCAGCCUUCCUUUAUGCUUCUCCAUAUAAAGAGUAAGGGGAUGGAAGCACAGCUGCUUCACAGGGGAGCAGAAAUCCAGCAACUGACCCACAUAUGCACAGAGCAGCUGCUUCUUCUGAUCCCACAAAUACCACCCUGGGCCAGAAUGGAGGAGGUGAAAAGAAUGUUCAACAGCGAUAUGUCAAAUUGAUGUCAAAUUCCUACUAUGUGCCUCUCAACAUGACAUUUUAUUCACAACCUUUGGCCUGGUAUUAAAACCAGCCCAAUGAUACUGUACUCACUGUCACCCCUAUUUAGCAGUAGCUAGAGUCCUUAGAAGUUAAGUAACUUGUCCAAAGCCAUAUAAUUUUGUAUACAAUGAGCAUUCAAACCCAUGUCUUACUAAUUCCACAUCAAAUUUUUCUCCAACACACGCACACACACUCACACACACACACAUUAAAAUGCAGUAAUUAAAAGACAACUGUAAAUUGGUGAUAUGCUUUGUAAUAUGAACACUGUGAGGAAGGAAGAUCAUGAGUUUAAGGCAAACAUGUGACUUAAUGAGGGGGCCCUGAUUCAAAGCAAAAGCAAUAAAAAAUAUAGACAAA